AUGGGACGAGGGAGACCGAAAAAAGCGGUUCCUCCGCCGCCACCUGAAUCCACUGCCUCUGCUAGUGGCAUCGUGACCUCGCCUGAGAAAGAAAGCUCUCCAGUGAAGACUGACAAGACCCCUACGACUGUGCAACCAACUGCAAAACCGGUUGUCAAUGAAGAAAGGAAACUCUGGGUAGAUGUGCUUAACGACAACAGAAACCCAGCAAAAGGUAGAUCUAUGAGAUACAUAGCCCUGAAAAUGGCAAAUGGAGUGGUUGAAGUUGAAAUAGCGCCUGAGGAUGUUGCAUCGGAACUAGAUUUCUGGGCCUCAUCUCUUAUCAUGUAUGUUAUGGGUGGUGACCUAAGCAUGAACUCAGUGAAAACCUACAUGACAAAGCAAUGGAAUUUCGUCCAAGUACCAGACAUGUACUACCACAAAGAAGGAUAUUUCCUGCUACGAUUCAGAUCCUUUACUGAUAGAGAUGAAGUAAUGAUGAGAGGACCUUACACGAUUCGUAAUAUGCCGCUACUGCUCAAAGAAUGGAGCCCUGAGUUUAAGCUUAAGGAUGACUUUCUCAGAACCAUUCCUCUAUGGGUGAAGCUUCCCCAGCUUCCUCUAUACCUAUGGGGAGAAAUGAGUUUGAAUAAAAUAGGGAGUGUUCUGGGAACCCCUCUAGUCACUGAUGAAUGUACUGCAAAUAGACUGAGGAUCUCGUAUGCUCGGAUUUUGGUUGAAAUGGACAUCACCAGAGAUCUGCCUAAUGAGAUUACAAUAUGCGAUAAUGAAGGAAUGAAGAUGCAGCAGAGUGUAGAGUAUGAAUGGAAACCCAUUUACUGUGUUCGAUGCCAAAGACCAGGUCACAAUUGUGACAAGCCAAAAACCAAAGUAGCACAGUGGAAGCCAAAGGUAAAAACCCCCGAGAAUCCUAUACUUGAGCAGUCUCCUCAGAAACCAUCUGCAGAGCUUAUUAUUAAAAAGGGUGUAAAGGAUGAUGGUACUCAACCAGUUCAGCCUGAUGAAUGGAUUGCAGUCAACAAAAGUGGCAUUGAUAGAGGAAAAAUACCUAUGGUGAGCACUCCUCCGACUCGAAUCUCUUGUGAAAACGGCUUUGAUGCCUUGCAGAUUUUGCAGGAUCUGCAAGUGCUCCAAGAGUCUGGCUUAUGA